AUGACUGAUAAUCUUUCAAAAAGUCUUAAAUCAACUGAAUAUGAAUUAUCUUGGGCAAAUCGAGGUUUAAAAGGAAAUAGUGCUGAUGAUGUCAAAGAAUUGUGUGAUGCAAUUGAACAAUAUAAUCAAUUAAUAGCUUUACGUCUUGAAGGAAAUACAAUUAAUGAAGAAGCUGCAACAGCUAUUGGUAAAGCAUUAGAAAAACAUAGUGAAAUUCAACGUUUAAUUUGGAAUGAUUUAUUUACAACACGACUUAAAACAGAAGUACCACCAUCAUUAAUUAAAUUAACACAAGGUCUUAUAACUAAUGGCGCUCAUAUUGUUGAAAUUAAUUUAAGUGAUAAUGCAUUUGGUCCCAUUGGUGUUAAAGGUUUUGAAACAUUUCUUUGUUCAUCAGCAUGUUUUACACUUGAAGAACUUCGACUUAAUAAUUGUGGUUUAGGUAGUGAAGGUGGAAAAUUAUUAGCUGAAGCAUUGAUUACAUGCCAUAAAAAUAGUCAAGGAAAAUUUGCUUUAAAACAAUUUAUAUCUGGUCGAAAUCGUCUUGAAAAUGAAGGUGCACAAGCAUUAGCAAAAGCAUUUGAAACUAUUGGUACAUUAGAAGUAAUUCGUAUGCCACAAAAUGGUAUGCGACCACCAGGAAUUGAAGCAUUAGCAAAUGCAUUUGUACAAAAUCAAAAUUUACGUCUUAUUGAUCUUAAUGAUAAUUCAAUAACAUUAGCAGCUCCAAAAUUAUCAUCAGCUAUUGAAAAAUUACCAAAAUUAGAAAUUCUUAAUCUUGAAUCAUCACUUAUACGUACAAAAGGUGCUAUUGCUAUAGCACGAGCCAUUGUUUCACAUAAAAAUCUUCAAGAAUUAUAUCUUGGUUGCAAUGAUAUGCAUACUGAAGGUGCACUUGAAAUAGCACAUAUUGUAAAAAAUAUGCCAUCAUUAAGAAUAUUAGAUUUAAAUGGUAAUUGUUUUGGUCCUGAUGGUAUUGAUGAAAUUCGUCAUGCACUUGAAAAUAAAAAUUUCGUUCAUCAAAUGGUAUUCAGGUAA